AUGCUGCGCCACAGCUUGAGAACGGCAGCCGGCAGUGCCAGCCAGAACGAGAAGUUGAGCAGCGACAGCAGCACCUCGCGCAGCAUCUUCGAUCUUGUCUUUUACAGCGCCACGGACGUAGUGGUCGGGAGCGCGCGAGCGCAGACCACCCCUGCCGCUAGCCUCGACUUUUUUGGGAGCCUCAAGAAGCAGAAGGUGCAGGAGAAGCGAAAGCGAGAGGACGAUGAAGACGACGAGCAGCAAAGCGAAGAAAACGAUGAGCACACGCAAGAGAAGAAGAACGGCAAAAACAACAAGAAGAACAACAACAAGAAGAACAAGAAGAACAACAAGAGGGCGAAGAAGGACAAGCAGGCCACAAAGGAGGCCCCGGUGAAGGACGAAGACGGAGAGGAGGAGGCCAAGGAAGAGGAAGACGAGGAGGAGCAGCAGCAGAAGCAGGAAGAGAAGAAGGGGGACUACGAGGACGAGCGCAACCAGGUGGCGCUGUUCGGCAAGAGCGAAAUCAAGAACGAGGGCGGCACCAAGAAAAAGAAGAAGGCCACCCCCAUCUCCAGCGAGCAGCAGAAGGAGCGGGAGAGGGUCAACAACCUGCGCCAUGCGCACAAGAUCCGAGUCAAGGGCGGGGACGUGCCGGCGCCCAUCACGGCUUUCGCAGAGCUGGAGGCGAGCAUGCGUGCGUACCUGCUGCGCAACAUCGAGGCGGCGGGCUACACCACCCCGACGCCCAUCCAGAUGCAGUCCAUCCCCAUCCUCCUCCACGGGCGCGAGCUCAUGGCCAUCGCCCCCACCGGCUCGGGUAAGACGGCGGCGUACGUGCUGCCGAUACUGAGCAAGCUCAAGCAGCCGGAGAAGGUGGGCUUCCGGGCGGUGAUCGUGUCGCCCACGCGCGAGCUGGCGCAGCAGAUCUAUCGCGAGCUGCGCAAGCUGUCCAAGGGCAAGGAGUUCCGCAUCUGCGUGCUCACCAAGGCCAACGCCAACGAGAACAGCUUCUCGUCGACCACGCGCUUCGACAUCCUGGUCACCACGCCCAUGCGGCUGGUCCACCUGCUCCGCACCGAAUCGCUCAAGCUCGACAGCGUGCAGCACCUGGUGCUCGACGAGGCCGACAAGCUGCUCGACAUGGGCUUCAUGGAGCAGGUCGACGAGAUCAUCGCCGCCUGCACGAACCAGGCCGUGCAGCGCUCGCUGUGGAGCGCCACCAUGUCGCCCAUCGUCGAGGACCUCGCGCGCACGUUCCUCCGCGACCCGGUCCACCUCACCAUCGGCACCCGCGACGCCGCCACCACCACCAUCAAGCAGCGCCUCGAAUUCGUCGGCCGCGAGGAGGGCAAGCUCCUCAUGCUCCGCCAGAUGAUCACCCAGUCGAAGGACAGAGCCAAGGAGCUGUUCCGGGAGCUCAUCUACGAGAACCUCAAGGUCGACGUCAUCCACUCGGAGAGGACCCAGGCCCAGAGGGACAGCAUCAUCAAGAACUUCCGGUCGGGCGCCAUCUGGAUCCUCAUCUGUACCGACCUGAUGGCGCGCGGUAUCGAUUUCCGCGGCGUCUCGAGCGUCAUCAACUACGAUUUCCCCCAGACCACCCAGGAGUACAUUCACAGAAUCGGUCGUACGGGUCGUGCGGGCAGGGCGGGAGAGUCGAUCACCUUCUUCACCGAGGAGGACGUGGUGAUGAUCCGCUCCAUCGCUAACAUCAUGAAGAACUCCGGAUGCGACGUGCCCGAAUGGAUCCUCAACAUCGAGAAGGCCCCGCGGUCGAAGAGGAAGGAGAUUGCAAGGCGGCCGAUCGCGCGUCGGCACAUCGAGACGGUGUCCACGUACGAUCUCAAGCAGGGGCGGAAGCUCAGGAAGGAGAAGUCCAAGAAGAUCAAGCAGUUCAAGAAGGCCGCCGGAGCAGGCGGCCCCGCCGCCACCGGCGAGAAGAAGAACUAG